UAUAUAUGUAUUCAAGUUUGUUGUUAUUAUAUUGUGUUUUUAGCUUGUAGGUUUGGGUGUUUCUGACUUUGUUGUUGAAUUUUGUGGUGGAUCAAAUCAUCAACGAUCGUGAAACUGGAGAUCCAGAGGUUUUGGCUUCGUUACCUUCAUGGAUGAGCAAGCAAUGAAGGAUGCUAUCGAUGGGAUGAACCGCCAAUCCCUUGAUGGGCGUGACAUAACAGUGAACAAGGCUUUGUCUCGCGGAAGCGGUGGUGGUGGCGGUUUCCGUGGUGGACGUCGUGAGGGUGGCGACGGCGGUGGCUACGGCCGCAUGGACGGUGGUUACGGUGGAGGCGGCGGUGGCUAUGGCCGCAGGGAUAGUGGUUAUGGCAGCGGUGGCUACGGCGGAGGUGACCGCUACUCUAGAGGAGCUAUGAUGGAAGCUGGAGGAGCUAAUCUAGCAUUAGUGUUGCGUGAUUGAUGUUUUGCCCCUGGAUCUGUUAGAUGU